CGUGCGGGUGCCUUCUGCUGAGAGGCUCCGGCCGUUUCCACCCCUCCUCCUGCACCCGUGACCUCCUGCCCCAUGCUGCCUCGGACUGACUGGGGCCUUGCCAGACGGAGCAAGGGCCCCCUCUGAGCUUCCCCGGGCCGCCUCCUCCUCCUCCUCCCCCCCCCCCCACCUCCCGGCUUUCAUGGAUCUGAGGCCGCCUCUGCUGCUCUUGCUGUGGACUUUUGUGCUGGCUCUGGAUCUCCUGGUCAGGGGCGUGGUGGGCCAGCACCUCUACACCAACACCUGGGCGCUGCGGGUGCCUGCGGGGCCCGAGGAAGUGGAGAGGCUGGCCCGAAAGCAUGGCUUUGUGAACUUUGGCCAGAUCUUUGACGACUAUUUCCUCCUCUGCCACCGGGCCGUGGCGAAGCGGUCGCUCUCCCCCCACAGAUCCUGGCACAGCUCCUUGAGCAGGGAGCCCGAGGUACACUGGCUGGAGCAGCAGGUGGCAAAGAGACGGAAGAAAAGAGACCUCUCCCUGGAGCCGACGGACCCCAAGUACCCCCAGCAGUGGUACCUGGCCAACGGGAACCAGCGGGACUUGAACGUGCGGGAAGCCUGGCGACAAGGCUACACUGGCCGAGGCAUCGUGGUCUCCAUCUUGGACGACGGCAUUGAGAAGAACCACCCGGACCUAGAAGCCAAUAGUGGGGGGGGGCAGCGCGGGCCGCGGGGGGGGGGCAGCAUGGGUCCCACCUCCGCGUGCGCUUCUCCUCCUCCUCGGCACCCGGAGGACUCUGCUGCCAGCUUCGACGUGAACGACCAGGAUUCGGAUCCCCAGCCGCGCUACACGCAGAUGAAUGACAACAGGCACGGCACGCGGUGUGCGGGGGAAGUGGCUGCUGUGGCCAGCAACGGCAUCUGUGGGGCGGGAGUGGCCUACAACGCCAAGAUCGGAGGGGUGCGCAUGCUGGACGGGGAGGUGACGGACGCCGUGGAGGCCCAGUCCUUGGGCCUGAACCCCAACCACAUCCACGUCUACAGCGCCAGCUGGGGCCCUGAGGACGACGGCAAGACGGUGGACGGCCCUGCCCACCUGGCCGAAGAGGCCUUCUUCCGGGGCGUCAGCCAGGGCCGCAACGGGCUGGGCUCCAUCUUCGUGUGGGCCUCGGGGAACGGCGGCAGGGAGCACGACAGCUGCAACUGCGACGGCUACACCAACAGCAUCUACACCCUCUCCAUCAGCAGCACCACCCAGUCGGGGAACGUGCCCUGGUACAGCGAGGCCUGCUCCUCCACCCUGGCCACCACCUACAGCAGCGGCAGUCAGAACGAGAAGCAAAUCGUGACGACAGACUUGCGGCAGAAGUGCACGGAGUCACACACGGGCACCUCGGCCUCCGCACCCCUGGCUGCCGGCAUCAUCGCUCUGGCCCUGGAAGCGAACAAGAACCUCACCUGGCGAGACAUGCAGCACCUUGUUGUGAGGACCUCGAAGCCCGCCCACCUCAACACCAACGACUGGGCCGUCAACGGGGUGGGCCGGAAAGUGAGCCACUCCUACGGCUACGGUCUCCUGGAUGCUGGGGCCAUGGUGUCUCUGGCCAAGAACUGGACCUCGGUGGGCCCCCAGCGGAAGUGCGUGGCUGACAUUCUCCUGGAACCCAAAGACAUUGGAAAGCGGCUGGAGGUGCGCCAGCGGGUGGACGCCUGCCGGGGGAAGGCGAGCUACAUCGGCCAGCUGGAGCACGUGCAGGCCCGCCUCACCCUUUCCUACAACCGGCGAGGAGACCUGGCCAUCCACCUCAUCAGUCCCGCAGGCACCCGCUCCACGCUGCUGGCUGCCAGGCCCCACGACUACUCGGCUGAUGGCUUCAACGACUGGGCUUUCAUGACGACACAUUCCUGGGACGAGGACCCAGCGGGGGACUGGGUGCUGGAGAUUGAAAACACCAGCGAAGCCAAUAAUUACGGGACCCUCACCAAGUUCACGCUGGUGCUGUACGGGACAGCCGCGGACCUCCCCAACCAGUUUGAGAGCAGCGGCGGUGGCGGCUGCAAAACGCUGGCUACCGGCCAGGCUUGUGUGGUGUGUGAAGAGGGGUUCUACCUCCACCAGAAGAGCUGCCUCAAGACGUGCCCGCCCGCCUUCGCCCCCAGCACGGUGCCCCCGCCUCUGGAGAACGGCCUCGAUCCCCACCUGAGCCCCCGCCUCUGCGUGCCCUGCCACCCGUCCUGCGCCACCUGCCUGGGGCCGGCGCCCGGCCAGUGCCUGUCCUGCCCGGCGCACGCCCACUACAACGUCCAGGAGCAGACCUGCUCCCACCAGACCCAGAGCAGCCGGGCCUCCCCCGCCCUGCGGGAAGGCGCGGCAGGGCUCUCCCGCCUGGGCCCCUCCCACCUGCCCGUCCUGGUGGCCGGCCUGAGCUGUGCCUUCAUCGCCCUGGUCUUCGUCACCGUCUUCCUCGUGCUGCAGCUGCGGUCGGGGCUGCGCCUCCGCGGGGUCAAGGUCUACUCGCUGGAGAGCGGCGGCGUUGUGGCCUACAAGGGGCUUCCGUCGGAGGCCUGGCAGGAGGGGCCGGAGGAGGAGGAGGAGGGGGAGCGGACUGCCUUCAUCAGGGACCAGAGCACUCUUUGAUGAGCCUGCAGGGGGGGGCCCCGGCACAGCGGGGGGGGGGAGGCCUU